GCAGUGGGUUAGCUCCCAUGAAAACCUCGAAGGCAUCCCAGCGCUAUAGAGGCAUCCGGAGAAAUGCCAGCCAGUGCUACCUCUACCAGGAAUCUCUGCUGCUCAGCAACUUGGAUGACAGCUUUAGUGCUGAUGAAACAGGGGACAGCAAUGAUCCGGAACAAAUCUUCCAGAAUAUACAGUUCCAGAAAGAUCUCAUGGCAAACAUUCGCUGCAGACCCUGGACUAUGGGACAGAAGCUGAGGGCAUUGAGACGAGCGAAGGGCAUUGUGCUGAAGUUCGAAGGGAGGCUGACCAGGACCCGAGGCUACCAAGCAGCAGGUGCAGAGCUCUGGCGGAAAUUUGCUCGUCUCGCCUGUAACUUUGUGGUCAUCUUCAUUCCCUGGGAAAUGAGGAUAAAGAAAAUCGAGAGUCAUUUUGGAUCUGGCGUUGCCUCCUAUUUCAUAUUCUUGAGAUGGUUAUUUGGAAUUAAUAUUGUGCUCACCAUUAUGACAGGUGCUUUUAUUGUCAUUCCAGAGCUGAUUGCAGGCCAGCCCUUUGGAAGCACAGCCAGGAAGACCAUCCCCAAGGAGCAGGUUUCGUCUGCCCAAGCCCUGGACACCGUCUGGUCUCUGGGGGGCUACCUCCAGUACUCUGUCCUCUUCUACGGAUAUUACGGCAGGGAAAGGAAGAUCGGGAGAGCUGGCUACCGGCUGCCCUUGGCAUAUUUCCUAGUGGGGAUGGCAGUGUUUGCUUACAGCUUCAUCAUUCUUUUAAAAAAGAUGGCUAAGAACUCCCGCACGAGUCUUGCCAGUGCUUCCAACGAAAAUUAUACCUUCUGCUGGCGGGUGUUCUGUGCCUGGGAUUACCUCAUUGGAAACCCAGAGGCUGCAGAGAGCAAAACAGCUGCCAUAGUGAACAGCAUCAGGGAAGCUAUAUUGGAAGAACAGGAGAAAAAGAAAAACAAAAACCUGGCAGUGACCAUCUGCUUGAGGAUUAUUGCCAACAUCCUGGUGCUUCUCUCACUGGCUGGGAGCAUUUAUCUCAUCUACUUUGUGGUGGACCGGUCCCAGAAGCUGGAGCAGUCGAAGAAGGAGCUGACACUUUGGGAAAAGAAUGAGGUCAGUGUGGUGGUCUCCCUCGUCACCAUGAUAGCACCAUCAGCCUUUGACCUCAUUGCUGCCUUAGAGAUGUACCACCCCAGGACCACGCUGCGCUUCCAGCUUGCAAGGGUCCUUGUGCUGUAUCUGGGAAAUCUCUACAGCCUGAUCAUUGCUCUCCUGGACAAAGUUAACAGCAUGAGCAUUGAGGAAAUGGCUACCAAAAAUAACACAAGUCAUUGGAUAGAUUCCACCACCUUCUUUGCAACCAGGACAGCCCCUGAAGAAGAGAAAUGGUCCACAUCUCGGCCUGGAAUGGGGCUCAGGAGAAACAACACAUGGGCCUUGGAAGAGACCAGCAUUUCAGCUUACACCAUGCCUCUUAUAAAGGCCAACAAGACUAGCCUCUACACUCAGAGUCCACAAGACCAGUGCUGGGAGACAUACGUUGGUCAGGAGAUGCUGAAGCUCUCCAUCAUUGACAUGCUCUUCACCGUGGCGAGCAUUCUGCUCAUAGACUUCUUCCGAGGACUUUUCGUGCGGUACUUAAGUGACUACUGGUGUUGGGAUCUGGAAAGCAAGUUUCCUGAAUAUGGAGAAUUCAAAAUAGCUGAGAAUGUGCUACAUUUAGUCUACAACCAAGGAAUGAUUUGGAUGGGGGCCUUCUUCUCCCCAUGUCUCCCAGCGUUCAACGUUCUCAAACUCAUUGGGCUCAUGUACCUGAGGAGCUGGGCUGUGCUGACCUGCAAUGUGCCCCACCAGCAAGUAUUUCGAGCCUCAAGAUCCAACAACUUCUACUUGGCAAUGCUCCUGUUUAUGCUGUUUCUGUGCAUGCUGCCAACCAUUUUUGCUAUUGUCCGAUACAAGCCAUCUCUAAACUGUGGGCCAUUCAGUGGACAAGAGAAAAUUUAUGACAUUGUGUCAGAAACAAUUGAGAAAGACUUUCCCGUGUGGUUUGGCUCCGUGGUUGGACACAUCAGUAGCCCCGUGGUCAUCCUGCCCGCAGUACUCCUGCUUUUCAUGCUCAUCUAUUAUCUCCAGAGCAUCGCACGGUCUCUAAAGCUCAGCAACCACCAGCUCAAAAUGCAGAUCCAAAACGCAAGAUCAGAGGAUAAGAAAAAGGUUGCUCAGAUGGUAGAAGCCCGAAUCCAGACCCAGGAAGAAAGCACCAAGAAGCUUCCAAACGACAGUGAUCUUACCAGCCAGCUGUCCUCAGCGCACUCGGGCACACCCCAAAACAACGGCAACGUGGCCCAUUUUGACUCAGGGAGCAGCAAGAGUGCCAGGAUAGAGACAGUCGCACAGUCCAUGCCCCAGAGCCCCAGGCCAGGGGACAGAGCUCCUAGCUCACCUCUCCCUGGGGUCUCCAAAUCCAGGCUAGAGCAUGAAACUAACAGGUAUCUGCAUGGUCUGUGUGCAAGCACCAGUGACCUUCACAGGAACAGAUCACGCACACCUAUGACAUUUACAACGCACAUCGAAGAUGUACACUCAGAACCUCUUUUCCGAAAAGACUUUCAGCAAAUCAACCCUCCUCACCGUGGACCACAGGCCUCGACUUUGCUGGCACAGGGUCCCAGGUCCCAUGCCCCCAGAUACUAUGUCAUUAAUGAACGUGACUCUUACAAGAAAAAACAUCUAAAUGUCUGGCCAGAAAGACAUUUCAAGAUAGAUGCUUCAGGUGACAUUGUGGAGCUGUACCCCAGGAACGUGCGACAAUAUGCAUCCCGGGUCCCCCGCCAGCCUCCCUCCCCACAGCUGAGUGAAGAAGAGGAGGAGACGCCAAGGAGAGAUUGGAUCAAACGGUGUCUUCCCCCACGCUCCCUGAUAGACCUCCGUCGGGCUCCUCAUUUUUAUAUUGGGGAGAGGUCUGAAAGUCAGACCCUGGAUCCCGAGCACCAGGGGAGGGUGCACUACAAGUCGUGGAAUGAAGAUUUUGAGGGUCACCUUGAGAGGCCAGCCUAUGUGCCCAAAAAGCCACGAUCCCGGAAUUUCCAAUACCCACAGCCCCCUCUGAAGCCCAGAGGGAAGCCCAGGUUCGAGCCAUCCCUCACGGAAUCUGACUCCGUGUCGGCAGCAUCCAGCAGUGACCAGCAGAACAGCAGCGCUGACCAGUACCUGCAGGUCACCCACAGCCAGGGCAGGUUCCCGAGGUCCGUGGGCCAGCCCAGCAGGAGGAAGGCCAAGUCGGGGCAGGAGCUGACCGUGGAUCUGGAUGACUUGAUUUGUUCAAAUGUCUAG